AUGACUAAAUCGCAAGAAGGAGCCGCCAUUGUCGUCAUCGAGAAUGAGAUGGCCAAGAAGCGGGGUUGGGGAGAAUGGUACAGGUCAUCAUGGCUCCGAUACACUGCUAUCGGAUUCGUGGCGAUGUGCAUGUACCUGCCGGACCAGGUCACUACGGUUGCGUCGAAGCAUCUCACCGUAGCCCUGAACGUUCCGGCAGCGAACACUGGCGUGUACACCACGAAGCUUUACGCUACUAAAACGCUCGUCAACUUCGUGGGAUCGCUACUCUCCGUUGGAGUUCAAAUGCUGUUCACGAACCACAUCUCCACCAUUAGCUGCGUAUGCAUGGUGUUGAUGGGCCUUGUGAGAAUCGCACUUUUCAUAUCCUUCUACGUCUCCAACGCUGCGGUGGGAUUCUACAUCAUGUUCAUCGUGCACGCGUUCAUCAGGGGUAUGUUCGAAAGCACGUUCUACCCUCUUGGAGCGGACGACAUGAGCACCAUUUCCCUUUCCUUCAAAACGUCGAAGGUUAUAUUAUGGGCAAUCCAGGUGUUCAUGGACUUUGUGAUCGCCGAUCAGGCCACGUGGAUGGUUACGAGUCACCUAAUUCUUAUGAUGGUCGUAACCGUUGUGGCAACGUUUGGUUGGAUUGUGCACCUCAAAUUCAAGGAUGCGCCACCUGGUGAGUCGUCCGCAAAGGAAGAAGCGGAAAAGGCUGAAGGAGAAGGUAAAUCGGUAGUCGUAGAUAAGGCUGAGGGAGCAGCAGAUGCGUCUGAAAAGGCGAAAGCUGCGGAAGGAAUGGGGCAAUGUCCAGCGGUAACGCCAACAGCAGAAUCAAAGCCGGCUGAAGUAAAGCCAGCUGAAACACCGAAACCGUUGAAAGUCAUGAAGACUACGGAAACAUUGAAGACGGAGGCAACAAUGAAGUCGGAGAAAAAGGACACGGAGCAGGCAACACCUGCGGAGCGCUCUGGAUCGCAAUCAGUUGACUCUAAAACAGAGGAAAACAAAGAGGAAAAGAAGGAGGAUACGAGUGAACAGGUGCCUUCAGCCUUCAAGGCCUUCCUUAUGCGUCUUGUGGGCAUGAGGCCGGCGAAACCCAAGAUGGAGGAGCUGUGCCAAAACGGCUGCUGCAACCUGUCAAAGGAGCUGGUUGUAAAGCGUGAAAUGCCGAUGCGUCAGGUCAUCAGGAGGGUUAUCUCGCCAUUCUUCAUGUGCGUGUGUGGUUGGCCUCUGAAAAACUUUUUCAUACCCGGACUAUUGCCGUACACGAUGAUGGACAGGAAACUAUCUCACCCGAUCAACCUCACGCGCAUGUUCUUCACCUUCAUCGUGACGUUCGUCAUCCACUUCAUGAAGUUGAACAUCGAAUCGAUGGGAAUGCCGUGGCCGAAGGCGCCGAGGAGCUGGCACAUGACAUGGCUCUUCCUCAUUCCCCCGUUUGCCUGUAUGCCGUUCAUCUACAUCGCGCUGCACUACCCGCAGGGCGCGAUCUUCCAGGGGCUGCACAACAACCAGGUGAACGUCGGCAUAAUCAGUGUCCUGAUAUCCGGUUGCACCACCAUCGUUGACACCGUGGGCUACAUCGGCGUCGCCGCGUGCUCCAAAGACGACCAAGGCGAACGAGGAAAGAACUCCAUAAGGUUCAUCGCGAUAAACUCGUUCCUCAUGCAGCUUAUCGCGUCGUUCACGUAUCGUCUAAGUGCCGGUUACCAGAUCAUCAGGAGGAAGUACGUUGACGACAUCAGCAACUCCGCGCCCACCGACGACAUGAGCUGGAUCGCAGUGCUCUGGUUCUGGACUUCCUCGAUGUUCUCGCAGGCAGGCUACGACUUCGUCCACGAGUUCGACGGCAACAUCAGGGAGUUCGCCGGAGAUGGCAAGCCAUUGUCUUCAUCUGCCUCUUAA